AUCUCUACCCAAUACAAAAAACAAACUUUUUGUAGUUGUUUUUUUUGUGUAAUCCUCGCGAAUUUUGUUUAUAAACAAUACUAGCGCAGCGAUGUCGGCUUCCGCGGACAGUCUGGCCGCCGCCGCAUCCCUGGACAAGUACGGCGACGAGGACAUCUUCAGCUUGCUAAUCCGCUACGGACUUUAUGUGGGUGCCCUCUUCCAGUUCGUUUGCAUUUCGGCCGCAGUAUUGAUGGAGAAUAACCCGGAUAGCCAAAGUAAUCCGGAGACUGGCGAAGUAACAGAGCGGGAAGGCGAGCCGGUCCGCACGCGCAUGCACAAGAUUCGGAAGCUGGAGAAGAAGAAGCGACGAUAGAUGUAGCCAUCCUUAAUCCAUAGCUAGCCUAAGAACUCUCGAAUGCAUUUAUUAAAGUAGAAACCUGUACACA